AUGCUUGCCUUCGCGGCAGUCGCCGUCGUCGUCGUUUCUCUCCUCUCAGCGAUUCCGUCGCCUGCGGCGGCAACUCCGCUCGUUGGCGGCUGGUCUACCGUGAAAGACGCGCCAAACGAUCAGCACGUGGCGGAUCUAGCCAACUUCGCCGUCGACGCUUACAACAAGAAGCAGCACACACGCCUCAGGUUUAUCUCAGUCUUGAGUGCCAAGAGCCAGGUGGUUGCUGGCACCAAGUGGAGCAUCACUCUGCAAGCCGUCGCCCCAGCAGCGAACAAAGGGCACAUUCGCAUCAACCCUCCCUUGACCACCUACGUGACCGAGGUUUUCGAGAAACCUACGGCAGCGGCAAAGCAGCCUGCGGGGGUGGCACACCUGGCAGUACAGCCGAUUGUGAAAAGGCCGGUGGUGGGCGAUGGGCAGACGUCAGGCGUGGCGCAGCCAGCAAUGGGCGAUGGUCAGCCGGCGGGGGUAGCACAGCCGGUGGGAGACGGACAGGCGACAGGCGUAGCGCAGCUGGUGGGCGGUGGGCAGACGUCGGCGGUGAAACAGCCGGCGUUGGCGGAUUCUCUCAAGCUGGUCUCCUUUGCCAAGAAGAAAUGA